AUGACCGUUGCGUACAACACCGACAAAGCACGAUGGGAGGCUGUCCUAAAGCGAGAUCGAGCUGCAAGCAAUGCAUUUGUCUAUACCGUGAGCUCCACAGGUAUAUAUUGUCGACCUACGUGCCCAGCAAGAAUCGCACGGCGUGCCAACGUUGGAUUCUAUGCGUGUGCAUCGGAAGCGGCCGCGAAUGGAUUUCGCCCCUGCAAGAGAUGCAAACCGGAAAGGGCUGAGGGUCAGCCAGAAGAUGCAGCUGUCAUAGCUGUCAAGAAUUUUCUUGCCAACGAAGGGAAGUCUCGAAAAUAUCAGACCCUAAGGCAGAUGUCUGAUCAGGCCGGGCUGAGCAAGUGGCACUUCCAUCGCACCUUCAUAAAGAUUACUGGUAUGACACCAGGCGAGUGGGCGAAACAACAGAAACAGCUUGCAUUAGCCAAAGCUUCUGCAGCCAAUACUUUUGAUGCUACUCCUGACCCGUCAAUAAUGUCUGUCAUCGCACCAUCAUCUCUAGACAGUUCUACCUCCACAACCCUGUCAUCCUCAGCAGAGUUCGGUAAAGACACCACACUGCUACCGUCUCUGGCCGAUGAGGAGUGGUUUCACAUGAUUGAUUUUGAUGCGGCGUUUGAGGCUACAGAUUUGGAAGCAUUUCAAGUAUGA